AGAUAUGGGGUGGAUCUUCCAAGCCACAACUCCAAACCCAGUUUGAGUCGAGAUCGAAGUUCCAACCGAGAGAGAGUUGCAGAGAAAUCGAAGCAUUAUGCGUUGAUGGCGUUGGGAGGAUUUGGUAGGAACUCGGGACCUUCUACUCCUAAAACUUCGAACCCAUUUGAGAGCUUCCGUCGUUCUCCUCCUGUAACAUUUCCUUCAAACAACUCCAGCGUCCAACAGCAAUAUCGAAGACCCACAGUAUCUCCUCCUAGAUGGGGUAAUCAGCUAGAAUACCAUGUCAGUGGUUCCCAGGCUCGUCAAGUGCCAUCCACAGUUGCAUCAUAUGUUGCAAUGCAAAGUACUGGAACCAGCAUUUCUGCUAGGCCUGACAGCUCUCAACACCCUAAAAGGAUCAGGUCGCCUUCUUUAUCCCCCACAAAUGAAGACUUAUUGAGAAAUUCUGGUCAAGGUGUCACUGGAAGACCCACAAUAUCUCCUCCUAGAUGGGGUAAUCAGUUAGAAUCCUUCGUCAAUGGUUCCCAAACUCAUCAAGUGCCAUCCACAGUUGCAUCAUAUGUUGCAAUGCAAAAGGCUGGUACCAGCAUUUUUGCUAGGCUUGACAGCUCUCAACAGCCAAAAAGAACCAGAUCGCCCACUUUGUCACCCCCAAAUGAAGAUUUAUCAAGAAAUUCUAGUCAAGGUGUCAUUGGAAGUGGUGCUACCUGUAGUUUCAGAUCUGAAACUUGGUUGCAAUCUCAAGAUAGAAGAUGGCUUAGGAGCUGGAAUUUGGGGACUUGUAUUGCCUAUACCAGAGAUACUUCCAUUCCCACUUUCAGGAGUAAAAGAAAGGGGAUUAAGGAGAUAGACCUCAGAUUAGAGGCUGCCACUAUCGGUGGAAAACAUGUAUGGUGA